AUGGGUGCAUCUUGUUGCGGACCCAAGUCUGAGCAUGUUAGUGCCAGCUUGGAUGAACACGGCCAUGUAGCUGAACUCUCUGAUCAUCAACACCAUGGCAGCCAUGGCCAUCAUGAUGCUCACGAAGAGAAUACCACGGAUCACCAUGAGCAUGGGGGCUGUUGCGAUGAUCAUUCCGACGCCUCUAGCAUUACUUCUCAGGCCUCGACAUGCUGUGGCAGCGAGGAGCACUGCAGUGAAAGGUGCAUCUAUGCCAUUGCUGCCCUGCAGUGCAAGAAAGCCUGUGACGAAGAUCCAAAACAUCAAGGAUCCCACGAUCUACCUCACGGGCACGAACUCGGCCAACACGAGGAUGACGCAGCCUGCGGUACCCAUCUAGCGGCUGCAUUCGACCAGUAUAGCAGUUACCUCGAACAAAUUCGUUGCAUCUGCCGAAGCGCAAUCGAACAAGGAAUGACGUCCCUUGAAACCUGCUGUAUGACCACCCGAUCGAACACAAAUAAACACAAGCAUAAACACGGAAGCAAGAGAGAGAAGAAGAGCACCCUCCCUAUCAUCCCAACUUUCAAACCUUCAGGUUCUGAGAGUAAAGAAGUUGACGUCGAGCGCGGAGUAAAUCUCGAGACUAUAGGCUUCUUGGUCAGCGGCAUGGAUUGCACCUCGUGUGCAGACAAAUUGUUGCGAAUCUUUCGGAGCAUGCCUGGAGUUUCCAAUGCCCAGGUCAAUUUUGUCAUGGGAAAAGGAGAAUUCGAUGUCGAUUGCUCUUUGACUAAUGGGGAAGAAGUCAUCAACUUCGUGUCUGGCGCAACUGGAUUCAUGCUUAGCAAAAUCGUUGGCGGGAAUUUCUUCGUCGAUGUCUUGGCUACGAUGGAACAGAGCAGACAACUUGUUGCUAACCCACCACUGGGUGUAGUCGAUGUACAGUGGCUCGACAAGAAGACAGUUCGCCUGUCCUACGAGCCAACAACUAUUGGUGCUCGAGACCUGAUGGAACAGGUACAAGAUAGGUGCAAUGGUCUGGCCGAACCUCGUGGCGACCCUCAACUUGAGAGCAGUCGCCGCCGUCUCUGGGACCAACUUACAAAGACCCUUCUGGCGGCUGCUCUCACUAUCCCAGUCGCAGUCGUAUCAUGGAGUGAAGGCCUCGUGAACAAGAAGACCGAGGGCAUCAUUUCGUUGAUACUUGGUACGCUUGUCCAAGCCAUCGCUAUUCCCGAAUUCUAUCGCCCAGCACUCUCUGCCCUGUGGUACAGUAGAACAAUCGAAAUGGACAUGCUUGUUGUCAUCAGUAUAACGGCUGCUUAUGUCUACUCUGUCGUUGCGUUUAGCUUUGAGAUGGCGGGAAGCCCCCUCGAUGAAGGCCAAUUCUUCGAGACCAGCACCAUGCUCAUCACCCUGAUCCUCCUUGGCCGACUUUUAGCUGCCUUUGCACGAGUGCAAGCUGUUUCUGCUGUAUCGCUUCGAUCAAAGCAGAACAACAUAGCUGUGCUUGUCGAGAGGGAAAGCGACCGCGAGAUCGACGCUCGGCUUCUUCAAUACGGCGAUGUUUUCAAAGUCUUGCCUCAUUGCCGAGUGCCUACUGAUGGUAUUGUCAUGUCGGGCAAAACCGAAGUGGAUGAGUCAAUGUUGACAGGGGAAACGCUACCCAUUGUGAAGCAAAAGGGUAGUAGCCUUAUCGCCGGCACUGUCAAUGGUGACGGUACUGUUGUUGUUCAGCUGACACGCCUUCCUGGCAAGAACACAGUCACCGACAUUGCUCAGCUCGUGGAGGAAGCCGCGAACUCGAAACCAGAGAUUCAAGAUCUGGCUAACAAGGUUGCUGGUUGGUUUGUACCUGCCAUGGGUACCGUCGCUAUUCUUGUUCUUGUGAUCUGGAUUGUAUGCGGGAUUGAAAUCCUUAAUUACAGCGGUGGUACGAGUGUUGGCAAUGCCAUCACGUAUACCGUGGCCACUCUUGCAGUCGCUUGUCCUUGCGCUCUUGGUCUUGCUGUGCCUAUGGUUCUUGUUGUUGCUGGUGGCAUAGCCGCUCGAGGUGGUGUUAUCAUCAAGUCUGCCGAUGUCACAGAAGGAGCGCGCAAGACUACUGAUGUUGUCUUUGAUAAGACUGGCACAAUCACCGAGGCUGAACUUGUAGUGAACGAGAGGCUGAAUCUGAAUGGGGACUUAUCAGAUAACCUUGCUUUAGCAAAGGCUCUGGUUUCUGGAGGUAAACAUCCCGUUUCUGCCGCCGUCGACAAUUAUCUGGGGCUACAGAGCGUCAAGGGUAUGUCAGAGGUUCUCAACAUUCAUGUUGUUCCUGGCGCUGGAGUUGAGGCCGAAUACCUGGAUUCGACUGUCAGAGCUGGCAACUCUCGAUGGACUCAAGCUGGCCAACUGGAAGAUGUGUCACGACUCGAACAUAGUGGUCUCACUACACUUGCCAUUACACGAGAUGGUGUUCCACUCAUUGUCUUCGGUCUUUCGGCUCAAAUCCGCCCAGAAGCAGCACGCGUCAUCUCUGAGCUCAAGACUCGGAAUAUCAACGUUCAUCUUGUUUCAGGUGACCAGAUCAAAGCUGUUCAGGCUGUUGCAGCCUCUGUUGGCAUCCUAGCGGACAAGGUUGUUGGCGAGCGCACCCCGCCAGAGAAGAGAGAUUAUGUCGCUUCUCUGAUGGGCCAGGGAAAGCGAGUCCUCUUCUGUGGCGACGGAACCAAUGACGCCAUCGCCAUUGCCCAAGCCGAUUUCGGUGUUCAGAUGGGCGGGGGUUUAACCAGCAGCGACGUGACUCAAGAUGCGGCAGCUGUCGUCCUUUUGAACGGUCUAGAAGGUAUCCCAUUCCUCCUCGACAUCAGUAAAGUCUCGUUCCAACGCAUGUACUUCAACUUCGUUUGGUCUGCUGUCUACAAUCUAUUGGCAAUAACAAUGGCAAGUGGUGCUUGGGUUGAAUUUCGGAUUCCUCCUCGAUAUGCUGGUUUGGGAGAGAUGAAACGUUCAACUAUUAUCAUAUUCGAGUCAGGAAGAUUCUUUCUAGAACAGGGAAAGGAAAUGAUCUCUGUUAUUUGGAUGCUGAUGAAACGUUCGGAGAAUGAACAACAGCUUGCUCCUGUAGACGGAGGAAUCGCGGCCUGGCGACUACUUGGUGCAGCUUUCGUAUUUGAGACGCUACUAUGGGGGUUUCCAUUGUCCUUCGGUGUUUUUCAAGACUACUAUUCCAGAGUCCCAGCUUUCGCUAGCAACCCUUACAUCGGUGUCGUCGGUACAAUAGCAUCUGGCCUUGGUUACAUAGGCGCUCCAUUUAUCAUGCCAUUCAUCCAGCGGCAUCAGCGUUGGCGACGGCAGAUGAUAUGGGUCGGUUUAGCAGGUUCUUUUGCCAAUACGCUCGAGACCCUGAUUCUUACGCAAGGUGUCGCUUAUGGCGUUGGGUUUCUAAUACUCUACUAUCCCAUACUAAUCAUGGUGAACGAGUACUGGAUAGCUCGCCGGGGCAUGGCUUACGGCUUACUCUGCGGCGCGUCUGGGUUUUCUGGUGCCAUUAUGCCCUUUAUCAUACAAACUCUCCUCGCAAAGUAUGGAUAUCAGACAACUCUCCGCGCCGUAGCUGUUGGCUUGGCUGUUAUGACUGGUCCUCUGAUUCCCUUCCUAGACGGUCGCUUACCGCCUUCUGAGCACGUCAACACGCCCAAGACCAAUUGGUCAUUUUUCAGGAGUCCUCUCUUUUGGCUGUAUUCCGUGUCGAAUUUGUUUCAAGGCUUUGGUUACUUCUUUCCCGCACUGUACCUCCCGUCUUUCGCAACUUCACUCGAUCUCGGCGAGAAGUCUGGUCCUGUCCUUCUCGCCAUCAUGAGUAUAUCUCAGGUUGUAGGGCAAUUUGUGUUCGGCUACCUCUCAGACCGCAAGCUUCCACUUGACAUCCUGGCUUGCACCUCCACUCUUGUGGCUGCCUUGGCCACUCUCACCGCGUGGAGGCUCGCAGACUCUUUUCCCAUCCUGGUUGGUUUUACAAUUCUUUAUGGUUUCUUUGGUGCUGGAUUCACUGCCACCUGGGCAAGGAUGAGCACCACAAUCACCGAUGACGUGACGGCGGGUCCGAUUGUCUUUGGUCUACUCAACUUUGGCAAAGGUAUUGGCAAUGUCCUCGCAGGCCCGAUCGGGGGUCUCCUGGUUUAUAAUAGCAGUGCGCCGCAGCACUCCACUGCUGCGACUUUGACCCGGUCAUCGUAUCAUUGGGUCAUUGUCUUUACUGGAGUUUGCAUGUUUGCAAGCACUUGCACCAUCUUCCUGCGAUAUCCGACACGAGUUCUCAAGAUUCUGCGUACUGUGACCCUGCGAGAGCCAAGACACGGACGCAGUUAUCCUUUCCAUGAGUGA